AUGGCUCAGGUUUACACAACAGACCACUCAGCCUCAGUCUUGCGCACCCACAGCUGGCGCACAGUCACCAACUCAGCACCCUACCUCAUCCCACACCUGAAGCCAGGCAUGCAAGUCUUGGACGUCGGCUGCGGCCCAGGCUCAAUCACCAUCUCAAUUGCCCAACAAAUCCCCACCGGCCAUGUGACAGGCGUGGAAUACGUUAGCGACCCACUGGACGGCGCGCGCGAACUGGCCAAAGCGAACGGCGUCUCAAACGUCACAUUCCAAGAAGGCGAUAUUCACGCGCUUCCAUUCCAAGACAACACGUUCGAUGUUGUCCAUGCGCAUCAGGUCCUCCAACACAUCGCAGACCCAAUUCAGGCUCUACGGGAGAUGCGGCGCGUCGUGAAAGAGGGCGGAAUCGUGGCGUGCCGCGAGUCGGCGGAAUUGAGCUGGUAUCCCGAAAACCCGGGGAUUGCGAUCUGGCGUCAGAUCACGGAGACUAUGCAGCGUGCUAAAGGCGGAAGCCCACAUCCUGGACGGAUGAUCCAUGUUUGGGCGCGGGAUGCUGGAUUUGAGCACUCAAAGAUCAAAAAGAGUGCUGGGGCUUGGUGCUUUGGGAGUGAUGAGGAAAGAGCGUAUUGGGGCGGAUCUAUGCAGGCGCGUGCUAUGUCUUCUGGGUUCGCGAAAAGUGCUGUUGGAGAGGGGUUUGCGCAAAAAGAUGAUUUAGAGAUUAUUGCAGCGGGAUGGAAGGACUUUGUGGAGAAUCAAAAUGCUUGGUUUGGGCUCUUGCAUGGGGAGAUUCUUUGCUGGAAGUGA